CUACGUAGCUCCACCUCCUAGUUUUAAUACAGAAGUAAUGGCCACCCAGAGGCAGGAUCCAUACAGUAUUGAGUACAGUUUGUUGGAUAAUUAAAUAGGAACUGUCUCCUCCCAUAUUCUGCCAUUACCGUGUCCAUAAUAACCAGCUAAGCUUCCAAUUCACUGCGGCGCUUUCAGCCCGCAUUAUUUCCUUUUAAAUGUAGGACCAGGACAAGAUGGCGGAUCUGUCGCUGCUCCAGGAGGACCUGCAGGAAGAAAUAGACGGAUUUGGUGUGGACGACUACAGCUCCGAGACUGAUGUCCUCAUUGUGCCUUCAGCCCUGGACUUCAUAUCGCAAGAUGAAAUGCUGACACCUCUGGGAAGGUUGGAUAAGUACGCUGCAAGUGAAAAUAUAUUUAACAGACAAAUGGUGGCCCGAAGCUUGUUGGAUACACUGAAGGCAGUCAGUGACGAUGAAAAAGACUGCAUAGCUGUGCUGGAGAGGGUAACGAGACUGGCAGACGAUUCAGAACCAAUGGUGAGAGCAGAGCUAAUGGAACAGGUACCUCAUAUUGCAGUGUUCUGUCAAGAGAACAGGCCUUCUAUUCCGUAUGCCUUCUCCAAGUAUUUACUGCCCAUUGUGGUUCGGUAUCUUGCAGACCAGAAUAAUCAGGUGCGGAAGACCAGCCAGUCUGCACUGCUGAUAUUACUGGAACAAGAAAUUAUAGAGCGCUAUGAUGUGGAAGAGAAAGUGUGCCCUGUUCUUAUUGAUCUGACUGCUCCCGAUAGCAAUGAUGAUGUCAAGACGGAAGCUGUGGCAAUAAUGUGCAAAAUGGCCCCCAUGGUAGGUAGAGAUAUUACAGAGCGCCUCAUACUUCCUCGAUUCUGUGAAAUGUGCUGCGACAGCAGAAUGUUCCAUGUUCGUAAGGUUUGUGCAGCAAAUUUUGGGGAUAUCUGUAGUGUGGUUGGUCAAGAGGCCACAGAAGAAAUGCUGCUACCUCGGUUUUUUCAGCUUUGCUCCGACAAUGUUUGGGGAGUGCGAAAAGCUUGUGCAGAGUGCUUUAUGGCUGUUUCAUGUGCAACAGCUCAGGAAACCCGCAGGACAAAGUUGUCGUCAGUUUUUAUCAACCUAAUAAGUGAUCCUUCAAAGUGGGUUCGACAAGCUGCUUUCCAGUCACUGGGCCCAUUCAUCUCUACAUUUGCAAAUCCAUCUAGUUCUACUCAGUACUUCAGGGAGGAAGAGCUCAGGUCUGAAGAUUGUCAAAAAUCCAUGGAGAAUAGUACAAGCACAGAAAGGAAAGAUAAUACAACAGCUGACUCUGAUACUUGUGGCGAUGUGAUAAUUGAGCCUACAAUAGAUGAUUUCCAUUCAAGUUGUCAUGUGGCGUUAGAAUGCAUUUUAAAUGGGGAUCCACAGCGCAGUAUACAUGAGCAGGACUCUAAUAGUGAAAGCUGUGACCACACAAGUCCAUGUGAACAGUGUACCUCUGCAUUUACUGCCAUUACUCCCUGUAUGGAAGUAAACAGGGAUAGCAGGAACUCCUCAGGUGCAGGUCAGCAAAGUACUGACAAUUUGAACUCUGCACAAGAAUGCGAGACCAUUGCUGCAGUGCAAUCCAUUUUAGAACAGGAACAGUACAACUCCUUCCAUUACUGGAGGACUCCCAUUCCUGAAAUAAAUAUUGACCUUGAGUUGCUGCAGACCGAUAAAGAAGUAAGACUACCAGACUUAAGUGAGGCAGCAGCUCCAUAUCCGUCGAGCAUCAGUACAGCCACCAGGAAAGAGCUUGAGGAAAUGAUUGAAAAUCUGGAACCACAUAUAGAUGAUCCAGAUGUUAAAGCACAGGUGCAGGUUCUGGCAGCUGCAUUACGAGCUUCAAGUUUAGACCUACAGGAAGAAACGUCAUCAGUACUGAUUGUGGACAACAGAAUAGAAUCUGAAAACAGUGCAGACACAGACCAGCAGCAGAGGUCUUCAGUUCCAACAACUGUAGUGCCUUUAAUUACUGAAACAAUUGAGAGCAUAAAUUCUUCACGUCGGCGCCUCCAGAGUUACUCUGAACAGAGUACCAACAGCAGUUUUAGUGCUGCAGAAGAAGGAAAAUCAAGAGUGCAGAAUAUUAUCCCUCAAGCCUUACUGGAGCAGUAUUUAUCCAUGACGGAUCCUUCUCGUGCACAGACUGUUGACACAGAAAUUGCAAAGCACUGCGCAUAUAGCCUUCCUGGUGUAGCACUUACCUUGGGGAGGCAGAAUUGGCAUUGUCUUAAAAACACCUAUGAAACGUUAGCAUCCGAUAUACAGUGGAAAGUUCGGCGAACACUGGCCUUUUCCAUUCAUGAGCUCGCUGUUAUCCUUGGAGACCAUCUGACGGCAGCUGAUCUUGUUCCCAUCUUCAAUGGAUUCUUGAAAGAUUUGGAUGAAGUCAGAAUAGGUGUCCUUAAACACUUGUAUGAUUUCCUAAAGCUACUACAUUUUGAGAAACGUCGGGAAUACCUUUAUCAGCUUCAAGAAUUCUUGGUUACUGACAAUAGUAGAAACUGGCGCUUCAGAGCAGAACUUGCACAACAGCUUAUUCUGCUUUUAGAGCUGUACAGCGCAACAGAUGUUUACGAAUACCUACGACCCAUUGCACUCACCCUUUGUACUGACAAGGUUUCUUCAGUUCGCUGGAUCUCUUUUAAGCUAAUUAGUGAGAUGAUCAGGAAACUGCAUUGUUCUGCAUCUGUGCCUUUGAUGAUAAACUUCCUACAUGAACUCAUUGACAAGUUCUGUUGCUGUUCUAAGUGGUCUGGCAGACAAACGUUUGUCUUUAUCUGUCAGGCUAUCAUUGAAGAAGAUUGUCUUCCCAUGGACCUGUUUGCCUUGCAUCUUUUGCCUCAUUUACUACGGCUGGCAUCUGACCGUGUACCCAAUGUUAGAGUUUUACUUGCUAAAACCUUAAGACAAACACUUUUGGAUAAAGAAUACUUCCUAAAUUCUUCAAAUUCUGACCAGGAAGCUGUAGAGCAGACCAUAAUGGCACUCCAGAUGGACCAUGACAGUGAUGUGAAAUAUUUUGCCAGCGUUCAUCCUUCUAAUACCAAAAUUGCUGAUGACGCCAUGAGCACAACCUCUUCCACAUAUUAAAAUCAGGACCGCUGUCAGUUUGCACAGACCUUCCUUUCCACAAGUGCUCUGAUAAUUAACAACCUCAUUUUGUGGUGUAGGGAAUUCAGGCCAAGGAUCUAUAGGCUGAGUUCAGUGAAGAUGGAUUUUGUUGGCAACAGAUAAACUGAAUUAACAGAACGAAGAUGUAAAUGUAAAAAACUUGAAAACAAAACAGUGAUUUUCUUUUUUGUUUUGCCACCAAAGCCUUAACUUCUGUCUUCCUGAACUAAACAACACUUGAAAGAAUGCAGUUGCCUUUUUAUCUUCGAGGUCUUUCCUACUUUGGAAAUCAACACUUCCUCUUUAAAGCUAAACUGUUUGGUUGAAGUUUGUUCUCUUCAGUUUCUAGUAUGAGGAAUGUCAACAAGGCAGUACUGUACGGAGAUGUGAAUGGCUUGCCAUUCCAGCUUGUGAAUUAUAAAUGCCUGCUUUUCCAUAGUUAGAAAAAUUUUAGAAGCUAUCGUGCUGCAGUGCGACACAUCCUGCAGAGUUUUUGGGUUGUACAGUUCUGAUAUUUUUGACUGAGGGAAAGAUUUUUUCUAAAGGGCUUAAUUCUAACACUACAUUUGAAUUUGUUUUUAAUGUUCUAGUUGCAGCAUAUUGCUGUACCCCCAAUCUCAGAAUGUUUUUGUGUCCUAAUGCUUUUCAUGCUGGUCAUGACCAUGGAAUGGGUUGGUUGGGGGGGGGUCUGCUUUGUAGCAUCCACACACAGUGUUUCAUUAUUUUAAUGGUCAUGAUUAGCAGUAUUCUGUACUGUGUUUGUGUAUAAACUGUGUACAUCUUUAAUGACACUGGGGCAUGCAGCCAUCUGUAAUCAUAUUUACUCUUUUUAAUACAAAUUCUCAACUUAUCCAAAUAAACUUUAUUAAUAAAA